AUGGCUACCGCUGAACUUCCCAAGGAUGCGCCGCUCCAGGCCAUCCAGGUGGAGGCCCUCACGGUAAUGAAAAUCAUCAAACAUUGCGCCGAUCGAUUUCCCACGUUUGCGACAGGUUUUCUGGUGGGCAUGGACAGAGAGGGUACACUAGAGGUCACCAACGCGUUCCCGUUCCCGGUCAUCGACCUCUCGCCUGAAGCGCAGUACGAACAGCCACACGUCAAUGCCGCCGCAGCAGCCCCGCGGGCGAAAGCCAACGCUGGGUACCAAGCAGAGUAUCUGAAGGUCCUGCGGGAGGUCAACAUCGACGCCAACCACGUCGGAUGGUACACCAGUUGCAAUCUGGGCAAUUUCGUCAACCUGAACUUCAUCGAGAAUCAAUAUCACUACCAGAGAGAACUAAAUGAACGGGUGGUUGCGCUCGUCCAUGAUGUGAGCAGGACGUCGCAGGGUAUUCUGUCGUUAAGAGCCUUCCGACUGUCACCUCAGUUCAUGGCGGCAUACAAGGAGUCCAAAUUCACUGCCGACAACCUGCAAAAGUCCGGUCUCAAAUAUUCCGACAUCCUCGUCGAACUCCCCAUCACCCUCCACAACGCACUCAACGUCAACACCUUCCUCAGUCAAAUUCCGAACAUGCUGUCCAACGGCACCCUCGCCGCCCCAACAUCUGUCUCCGACAUCGAGCACAACCCCGCAGUCGCGCAAGACGACCUCGCCCCAUCCUUCAACGCCCUCACCCUGUCAAACGACCCCUUCCUCUCACAAACCGCCGACAACCUUCUCGAUGCGAUCGAAACCCACCACGUCGAGUCAAACAACUUCAGCUACUACAAUCGUGCCCUGGCGCGUGAGCAGGCCAAGAUUCAGCAAUGGCAGGCGAAGCGGAAAGCAGAGAAUGCGGCAAGAGCGCUUUCGAAACAACCGCCGCUGCCAGAAGAUGAGUGGCAGCGGUUGUAUAAGUUGCCGACGGAGCCAAGUAGGUUGGAGAGUAUGUUGAAUACCAGGCAGGUGGAGCAGUAUGCCAGGCAAGUGGAUGGUUUCGUGGCGGGUAGUACGGGCAAGAUGUUUGCGGUCAGAGGGAAUCUGCUGCCGGAUGGAGCGCCCAGUGAGGCUUGA